AUGACUAAUGGCGUGACUCGAAACAGCGAAAUAGACCCUAACAGCUCAGCGACCGGCGGUGGCGACAACACACCCAACUGCAAGGGCGAGAGCCCAGCCACCACUGACGGCGACAACACACCCAACUGCAAGGGCGAGAGCCCAGCCACCACUGACGGCGACAGCAUAGCCAACAGCGAACUGGACUGCGUCAGCGUCAGGAGCGAAGGCAGCCACACAGCGCACCGCUCAAUGCUGAACCGUGUGGACGCUGUGGAGCUGGGCCUGAAGAGUGCAGCGGGAAACCAGGAGGGAGCACAAAACUCAGUGUCUGAGGGAGACGGAAACGCACAGACACUGAGUUUACAGGCUCCUCAACUGAAAGAAAUGGAGCCGUCAGCAACAGAAGAAGGGCCCUUGAACGCAAGUGCAGAGCAGGUACAAACGGAACUGGAAGUACCAAAGAUUGACAAACAGAUGAAGAAACUUGAACAGGAAAACAGGAGAGUGAGGAGGAUUCUUAAAAACCUGACAGAAGAGCGAGGGGAACAAGUUGAUGAGGAGUUCGAGCCCCCCAGCAUGCAAGACGCUGUAUCUCAGAAGAAUUACAUGAGGAGGGUAAAGAGACAAACCAGGAAAAUGCAGGAUAUCAUUACAAGUCUUAGAGCUAUCAAACAUUGA